AUCUGCCCAUUAAGAGUCCACUCCAGUACUGCUUAACGUGUCACAUAAUAUUUCAACUUCAAUCAAUUUCCCAUAGCCAACUUCCCAAACAACAAAUGAAGAUCUUCAGUUGGGUUCAUCGUAAACUUAAUCCGAAAGAUGGAUUGUUUUGUGGGAAUGUGAAAACAGAUGAGGUGAUAAUUAGCAAUGAUGAGUACUCUAUGUUGGGGGGCUGGAAAGAAGGAAUUCUUACAAUCGGCACAUUUGGAUUCGAUCCAAUUAAAGAUCAGUUAAGUAGUACUGUUCUAAAUGACGAAUAUGAAGUAUCUGAGAUAAUUGCAGUUAGUGAUCCUGAAGAACAUAACGCGUUGAUGUCUGCAAAUAUUAAUAAAGGACCUGAGGAGUCACCAAUUAUGGCAAAUGUGAUCACGAACAACAAUCCUCUUGCUGCUGCUGCUGCUGAGUCAAACAGGGAUAUUAAGAAGGAAAGGAUCACACUAGCAGAUUUAUUCUCAGCUGAUCUUUCUGAUGAUGAUGAUGAUAAGGAGAAAGUUCAGCUUCCGGAUUUGUACGAUGACGUUACUAAUAUUAAUAAGAAAUCUUCGAAAUUACCUCAAGUGAAAAAUGGUGUUUCUUUUGCUAAGAAGAUUAUUCCUCGAGUUAAACAGGAUUCUCGUCGCAUACAAAAAUUGAUGACGAGGGCAUUGAAAAGGAAGAUUCAUCCAGACAUGGAAGGAAAAAAUCAAAAGAACAGUCAGGCGAUAGCAGCAGCAGCAGCCAGUACUAUGCUCGAGCUUUUCCCUAUCACCUCCAAAUCUAUUUCACUUCGCAAAAUUCUAGAAAUCCCUGCCUAAGCUGUUCUGUUGCAGUGUACUGGAUUCUAAUUGCUUGGAAAUGAGAGGCAAUGUUUAUCCUUAUAAUAAUGUUUGUGCAAGUUGUAGUAAUUGUUAAUUUCUCAUGUGGUGACCAUAUAUUCGUUAUGUCAUAUGUUGCCAAAAGCUAGACCCUGUGAAUUCUACAUGUAAAGUGGCUUUUGGUCUUCGAUCGUUGUAACAAGACUCUAUUUCAAUUUA